AUGGACAUGGACGGUUUCACGUCGCAGGAUAGUUAUGACGCGAUUCGCUCCGCCGGGUCUCAUUUUAGCGAUUCUCUCUAUCCUCAUUCGCCAGCGUCACGGACCGAUGAGGAGAUCGAGUUGCUACGCAACCCGGAUGUCGGCAUUCCUCCCCAGCUCACAUUCGACCUCGGCGGGAGCUUGCUAGAUUUUACCCCUUCAACGGAGGUUGAUGACCGAGUUCGCGUCGGAGACCUCAACGGCCACCUCCUCACAGCUCAGGAUGGCCCUCCCAGGCUUUCUGAUAGCACCAAGUCCUGGGUCUACGUAGACACCAUAUCUACGGUCUCCAGCGACUUCCAAAAACGAGGACGGAAACCCCUGGCACCCUCUGAGCGCGAGGCAUCCAAGAAGAAACAGCUGCGCGCUUCUGCGCCCAAGGGCGUACCGAGGCGAACAAAGCCCCUCUCCGAUAUCUCGAAGCAAGAAAUCAAGGAAAUCAAGGCGCUCGGAGGCGCCUGCUGUGCCUGUCGGUACAAGAAAAACAAGUGCAUCAUCAACCCCAAGUCUCCCCAAAAUGGCCCGUGUAAGCGCUGCACCAAGUUGCACCCCGGACUAUGCUACCGCUACUCGGUUCACGAUGCGUCGCUGUAUCGGGAGCAGGCAAGGCCAUACUUUCGCUUUAGUCAGCGAUGGCGGACAAUGGAUCUCGUGGACAUCCAAGCCUGGGCCUCGAGCGAGGAGAAAUUCAUCGAGGUCAGCCAAACUUUUGUGAAUGCGCCGUACCAGUUGAGGGUCCGACAGUUCAUCCCGCAAGAGGGUGACAACCUCGAGGAAGAAUGGUUCGAUGGCGAGACGAUGAGAAGCAUCGUGGGAAACGAGACCCUGGGCCUGCGGAGCGAAGUUACCGACCCAUCAAGCCCUUGGGAUCGGUGCUUCCCCAUCCCCCGUCAUGUGUGCGCAGCUCGAGUGCAUUCUCUUCACAAAAUUCCUCCGGCCGUGGAGCCUGGAAGUCCGCUCCCUGCUCGACAAAGUGAUCCGGAAGGGAUCCCGGACCGACUGGCUCAGCGUCUACCUCGCCCUCUUCGUGCUGCUUCACAGCUGCGGCCUUUGAUCCAACGGGACCACAUGUAUGCCCAGCAGAUCAACCUCGGCACCGAGUACGCGAAUCCCGAUGCCGUGAAAAAUCAUGCUCGGGGAGUCAUCACUCUGCUCGCCCACUACCACAUCGUGAUGCAAGGCGCUCUUCCUUUCAAGUGUGUGGCGGAGCAGCAGACCGCUUCGAUCAAAACCAAGCUAGACUUUACGGCUCAGGAACAGGAAUUCGUGGGCAAGACAUAUGACCGGGUCCAGGAAUUGAAUUGGAAGCCAGACAAGAUGGAUUAG